AUGCCUGAAAUCGAGGGCAGCGCAGUACCGGCGCAGAGCAAAGGUUCAUGGUCCUCUUUUCUCAAGUCGAUUGCCUCGUUCAAUGGCGAUCUGUCCUCGUUGACUGCGCCGGCCUUUAUCCUUUCUACCCAGUCCCUCGUCGAGUUCUCUGCAUACUGGGCCGAAAAUACUUCGUUAUUUGUCGUCCCAACGCAAGAGCAGGAUCCUGCGAAGCGGGCUUUGCUGGUGUUGAAAUGGCUACUCAAUACGCUCAAACAACAGUAUUGUUCAAGAUCAGAAAAGUUGGGAUCCGAGAAGAAACCAUUGAACCCCUUCCUGGGGGAGUUGUUUCUCGGUUCCUGGGACGAUGAAUUUGGCCAAACGCGUCUCGUAUCGGAACAAGUCAGCCACCACCCUCCUGUCACUGCCUACUGCAUCACCAACGACAAGUAUCGCAUCCAACUGCAGGGCUACAAUGGGCAGAAAGCCAGCUUUAGUCGAACAAUAAACGUCAAGCAAAUUGGACAUGCUUUGUUGACCCUCUACCCUCCUGGCAGCGAUGUUCCCGAGACUUACCUCAUCACCCUACCUGCGCUUCAUAUCGAGAACCUCAUCUACGGUGCACCGUUUGUCGAGUUGGGAAAGUUUAUACACAUUGUCUCGACCAGUGGCUACAUAGCCAAGAUCGACUUUUCUGGGAGAGGCUGGCUAUCAGGCAAGAAGAACACCUUUACAGCGUCGCUGUGGAAGGACGGCGAGGGGUCCGAGAAGCAUCCCCUCUUCACGGGAGAUGGACAAUGGUCGGAAACCUUCACCCUGAGAGACGGGGAGGGCAAGAAGGCCAAAGAGGUUAUUACCUUCACACCCAAGGAUGCCAAGUUGGCCAAACUUAAUGUUGCCCCGGUCGAUCAGCAAGAUGUCUUCGAAAGCCGAAGGGCAUGGAGCAAUGUGGCACAGAGCAUCGAGAAGGGUGACAUGGAUGCUGCUUCCCACUUCAAGUCGAGGAUUGAGAAUGCUCAACGAGCUCUUCGCAAAAAGGAGCAAGAAGAAGGUCGCGAAUGGGAAAGAGUUUUCUUCUCUCAAGCCAACCCGGACGACAACCUCGAAGUGGCAUUUCAGAAAUUAGUACAAACAAUCACCAACCAAGGUCUCAGUAGCUGGGAAGGUGUCGCUCCGGACAAGACCGCUGGGAUCUGGAGAUUCGAUGAGAAGAAGGCUGAUCUCGCGAAGAGCCCCUUUCAUGCUGAAGGAUUGCUGGCCUUGGGAGAAAAUCCAGACGGUACUUCUGCACCCGUGAGCCGAACGACGACGAAUCAGAGCGCACCUAAAGCUGGAUGA